GGCGCUGUCGUGCCGCUGAAUUAAUGCGCUUCUUCAUUGGCGACUUGGAAAGACAGAUCCUAUUUAUCUUGCUACCGUUAUAAAGUAGCUUUGCUUAUUUUUUACUCAGACCCUCGUAAUGCCAUCGAUUCUCAAAAAGUCUGACAUAGCUGUACUAUUGUAGAAGUUUCAAAUCUGAGAUUUCAGUCUGUCGUGAUCAUUUGAGAAACCUCAAGGCCGUGUAACUGCAGGAUACCGCCGCAGACAGGCUAGUCAGCCGCAUUCAGCCACCAGCAUCACAAACAUGGAUCAGCACGACUCGACGUUCGGAGUGCAGCUCUUCAUUUAUGAUCUGUCGAGGGGAAUGGCCCGACAGCUCAGCCCGAUAAUGUUAGGAAAACAGCUUGAUGGGAUUUGGCACACAUCUAUAGUGGUCUACGGAGAGGAAUUCUUCUAUGGUGGUGCCGGGAUCUCUAGUUGCACACCGGGCGGGACGAUGCUCGGACCUCCAGACACAGUGGUGGAGCUGGGAAACACAGAGGUGACGGAGGAGAUCUUUAUGGAUUAUCUGUCCUCACUUGGAGAAACAACAUAUAGUGGUGACAAGUACAGAUUGUUUGAACACAACUGUAACACAUUCACUAAUGAGGUGGCCCAGUUUCUCACUGGCAAUAAAAUUCCCUCCUAUAUCACAGAUCUACCAUCUGAAGUGCUCUCCACGCCAUUUGGUCAGGUGCUGCGGCCAAUCCUGGACUCGAUACAUAUUGCCCCUCCAGGCGGAAACGUGAUCAGCAGCCAAAAUAAUCAUAGCUAGAUCAGCUUUGUAAUCUCUCUCUCUCACACAAACAAACACACACCUACACACGCAAUAAUUCACACAUACGCUGUUUAUACACACACAUUAGCCCUGUUGUAAAUGAAGUUGGCUCAACACACCUCGUUCAAGAGCGCUGAACAAAAUUCUGGUCCAUGUUCACAGUUGCCCAGAUAUUUUCAUGCACAAGGUCCAGGUCAUUCUUUCCAGAACACUGAUGGUUCAUAUUUUUCACUGUUGAGUUCUUGGUUUCUAUGGUUUUCAUUUUAAUAUGUAUCUUCAUUUUGUAUCUCUACAGCCCACCACAUGCAAAGGUCAUUUACUGUUUGUUGAUGACAAUCCAACUUUUUUCCCCUGUUGUUAGUUAUGAUUCCUUUCGCAUCAUUUCAUGCAUUUUUUUCCCCAAUAUGUUGAUAUGUAUUAAUAUUGGCAAGCCAAAUCUUUAAAAGACCAUGUUUAAUUUUAUUCUUAAUAUAUAUUUAUUUAUGUUUGUGUGUGAUUUUGUGGCUAAGAAGCACAUGUGGCUUGCAUUCUGAAGAAAUGACUAAAUAUGACCGGAUGGACCAUGAUACAUUUUGCUCAGAUUCAGAGAGAAAUAUAUGUAUCUGUGCCUUUGUCAUGGCAGCUUGGGCACAAGUAACAUUUUAAUCAUAACUUAACUGUAAAGUACGAAUUAUUUAUACAAGCUAUGCUUAAGGUAGACGUUGUCUCUUCCAUUUAUUUAACCAACUGAGUGCUUUUAUAUAUGCUUUAUGCUGAUUUUUAUUUUCAUGAAAGGAAAGUUUGCUGCUGCCAUCAGUGUUAUACGGUUGAAUGCGUGACUUUGUUAUUGCUAUUUAUGAACAUAUUCUUAUUUUAAAUUGGUUUAUUUAUUAAGCACAAUAAUAAUGUAAUAUUCAGAGAUGUUUGAUGAAAGACUAUUGCCACUUUUAUUUUGUUUUCAUGCUGCUGUUGUGUAAAACUCCUGUUUUAAUGGAAGUCAUCUCAUUAAAGAACCAGCACUGAGUCUACAUUAAA